AUGGAUAAUGCCAAUUCCUCUACUGAAAAUCUCACAAAUGCAAGUCGGCAAAGACCGACUUCAUGGAAAACUAAGAACAGCCCUGACGUCGAAGAAUUCCCUAGGAAAAUGUCAAGUGAUGAAAAUACCCUCCAUACAGUAUCAUCUCAUCAAAAUGACUACGCGGCAAAAUAUUUUACUGGUCCCAGAAACUUAGAUUCGCACUCAAAAGUACCCAUGUUUCUUCGUAUCCAUGGAUCUAUCAUGCCCCAUUUGAUUGUUCCACUCACUUUCGUUGGCCUGUGGUCAUCUCUUAUAACCUACAUUUCUAAUCAUUAUAUAUCACUGGCUGUCGAACCUAUUCUCAUAACUGUUCUUGGAAUUGUCGUCAGUUUAUCGCUUUCUUUUCGGAGUAGCUCAGCCUACGAACGUUACUCCGAAGGUCGUCGUUUGUGGAGCUCGCUCGCGGUGCACAGCCGAACCCUUGCUCGCCUCAUAUGGAUCCAUAUUCCUGAACGUGAAAAUACCGAAGAUGAGCCAGACUGUGAAACCUCAGACCUGCUGUCUAAGGUUAGCGCUAUAAAUCUAAUUCAUGCUUAUGCGGUAGCAAUCAAGCAUCGGUUACGAUUUCAGCCUUUUACAAACUAUGAUGAUAUGUCAUCAAUAGUAGGACAUCUUGAUACAUAUGCGAAAGAGGCUACCAGGGAUCAGUAUGUUUACAAAGAUAUUUCAAUUUUCAAGAAAAUCGGCCGGUUUUUGUCCUUGAGCUUUACCGCAAGCAAUCCAAGGAAACACAUCAAGAGAGCUGAAGCCCCACUGGGAAAUCUUCCAAUGGAGGUUCUCUUGCACAUCUCUGCCUUCAUACAGCAGGCCGCUACGGAUAAGCCAGGGCCAUCUCUAGUUACAUCAGUUGUAUAUACUCAGAUGAUGAAUACAAUGGUGCUACUCCAAGACAUUCCAGGACAAGCAGAUCGUGUCCUUGCUACACCACUCCCAGUUGGUUACAAUAUUCUCAUCUCUCAACUGGUCAUUCUAUACACUUACCUUCUGCCCUUUCAACUUUACAACAGAUUUGGCUGGGUAACAGUGCCGGCUGUUCUUGCAGCCUCUUACAUUAUUAUGGGUCUCGCGGCCAUUGGAAAUGAACUUGAGAAUCCAUUUGGGAAUGACGUCAAUGAUCUGCCUCUUGAUGCAUUCUGUGAAGAAAUCCGCCAUGAUAUGGACUACAUCAUCAGCAGAAAGCGUAUCAUCUUCAGAGAUUGUGUAGAGAAAGAAAAUAAUAAACCCCUGUGGCCAUUAAGUAGAAGCAAUCAAGCGACAUGGCAUCAAAGGGACAUCGAGGAUAUCCGGAGUGCAUUGAGAUCCAAAGUCUAUCUCUCGAAUCCCCUCGUCUAA